AUGGCGGCUUUCCAGAAGCCCAAACAACCUCGACGAGAGUCACAGCCCAGCAUCUCCCAUCUUACUAGCCAUGAAAGUAUGAAUGGAAUUCCCAUGACACUGGACACUUUAGUGCUAAAUGCAGGCAAUGAUACUAUUGACUGGCAACAUUUAUACUUCGGAUCCAGACUUCUAAACAGCAAACUUCGAUCAGAGCAUCGUCUUGAAUGCGAUAGGCUUGGCAAAGGGAAGUUAGCAAUGCGCAGAGCUAUUAAGGUUCUUGGCACAUUAUCCCGAUCUCAGCAGAACGAUUCAAAGGUGCUAGGUGCGGAAUGGUCAUUUUCUCUGAAAGAGAUAGAUCGUCUAAAACAACAGGUGUCUGGCUUACAGAGCGAUAAUUCGGAGUAUAGUAGCCGCAUGGAAGAUCUAACCUCCAGCCUUCAAAAAAUAUUACUACGGUUAUCAGAAGAGAUAGGCGCGAAGACAGAAGAUCUGCACAAAAAAUGGAUCGAGCUAGAUGAUAAAAUUGCUAAUAUUUUGCGGGAGAAGCAGGAACUGCCGGAUACAAUUUCUAAAGCUAUGAUGAAAUCAAUGGUCUAA